GGCUCCACUCUCCAAAUGAAGCGCCUGUUAGACGGUCGUUUUUGGCGAGAGUGGGGUUCGUGUACAGCGCCUUAGAAGGGAGUUGGAAAGUAAUUCUUUGGUUAAAAGCGUCAGGAACUGUGAGGAACAAUGGAGACGUCUGUCGCCACAGCCAACGGGAUGGUGAUCGUGACCCAGAUUUUCCCGCAGGGCAACGACAGCGCUGCACAGGCGGCCGCUGCGGCUGAGAAGUGCCACGCGGUGCCCAGCGGUGCCCUGUGCCAGCUGUCGGAGAAGCUGAAGAAGUUUGUCAAAGGAGAGCCGAGGCCACUGGGGACUGUGCAGAUCUUGGUUGGAGUGAUCGGCAUUGUGUUUGGCGUGAUUCUGUCCAUGACUCCCUACUCGAUAUCAGCUGGCACAGGAGUCCCGUACUGGACCAGUGUAUUGUACAUCAUUUCUGGAUCUCUCUGUGUUGCUGCUGAUAGGACCCCCAAGGCCAGCCUGAUAAAGGCAGCCCUGGGUAUGAAUGUGGUCAGCAGUGUUGCAGCCGGGAUCGCGAUCUGCUUUUAUUCCAUAGAUCUGCCUUAUUAUUAUAACACUGGUGUUUGCUCUCACGUGACUUCCCAGGACAGCUACGACUAUUACAGACACCAAUGUGAAGAAAUGAUGCUGGAAACACAGCGCACUGCGACAGGGUUGAAGAGCGUGCUGCUGCUUUUCUCCCUGCUGCAGUUCUGUGUGUCCGUCUCCAUGGCUGCCUUCGCUUGCAAAGCGGUUUGUCACGACAGCUACACGCCUGUGAUUGUGGUGCAGAACUCCUUCAGUGGUGUGGAGGUCGUUGGGCAGGAUUUCAAGAGCGAGGAUGCCAAGACUGUGCCUCCCCCCUAUACAGUGUAACCCAGCUCAGCCUCCCCUAUGCAGUGUAACCCAGCUGAGCCUCCCCUAUGCAGUGUAACCCAGCUGAGCCUCCCCUAUGCAGUGUAACCCAGCUCCGCCUCCCCUAUGCAGUGUAACCCAGCUGAGCCUCCCCUAUGCAGUGUAACCCAGCUGAGCCUCCCCUAUGCAGUGUAACCCAGCUCCGCCCCCCUAUGCAGUAACUGUAACUGUUUCAAUAUAAUUAUGUAUUUUUUAAAUAAUUAUGGGUUCUGAUUUCUGGGUUUAUUAAAAAGGUAGAAUCUG